UCGGCAAUAUUUCCGUUGCUUCCAGCUGUCUCCUCCACUGACGGCCAGCCGUGCUCCAUCCAUCCUGACCUACAUCCUCCGCUCCGAAAGUGAUCGAUUCGAACUUGCGUCAUGGCGUCCGAAGUUCCCGCUACCGACCUGACAGGUGCGCCCAAGUCCCGGGCUGCCAUGCUCGAGGAACAGCAUGCCCGCCAUGAACCCCACAACGUGACCGUCGAGGAUGCCGUGGAUGAAUAUGAUGCCCAAUUCCCGGCCCCCUCCGGUGCCUCCAAGCCCGUUCAGGCCGCGACUCCUGACCCGACCCCCGCACCAGCGCCCGCGGCCCCCGUCGCCAAACCGGCCCCGAAGAAAUCGCCCGCCUUGGAUGUGCGCUCCGAGGAAUUGUUCCCCGCCCUGGGCAGUGGUCCGAAACCGAAGACCCCCGCCGCCUCUGCUUGGGGAUCGAAAGGUCUGUCCGGUGCCGCCGCCGUCGCCAACGGUGCCCCGGCCCCCUCGCAAGCCACCGAUGUGCCCCGUAUCAUCAGCCUGCCCGGCAAGCACAUGGAACAGCUCCGUCUGGCGCCGUCGCAGAUGCUCCCCCGGGGUCAGCUCAAGAAGCCCCUGCGCGAUAUCCUGCGCGACAUCUCUCGCCGGUCCAAGGCGAACGUGGAUAUGCGAGGUGGCCCCGGUGGAUCCAUCAUCUUUGAAGGCAAAGGAUCCGUCGAUGCCGUGCGACAAGCCCUCAAAGAGGUCGCUCAGCAGGUUGGCUCCAAGCAAUCUGUCCGCGUUCCCAUUCCGGCCUCCGCCCGUCCCCACAUCAUCGGUCGACAAGGCGCGGUGGUUCAGGAUCUGCAGCAGCGAACCGGAGCCCGCGUGCAGGUUCCUCGUGCGGAGGACUCGGCCCCCGGGGUCGAUGAGGAUGACAGCGACACCAUUGAUGUGCUGAUCGAAGGCGAUGCCGUCGCCGCCGAGAUGGCCCGUCGGGAGAUCGAGGCCAUCAUCAAGGAGCGAGCCUCGAACAUGAGCCUGCGCCUCAAGUCCAUCCCCCCCGAGUUCUUCCCCUUCAUCGCCGGCGCCCACAAUGCCAACCUGAAGGAGAUUCAGGAUCGCACGCAGGCCCAGGUCCACGUGCCUCGGUAUGACACCUGGCUGAGCCAGCCCCCGCCGCAGGAGGCCGAGCCCGGUCAGGUCCAGUUCGCCCCCGUGCCCGAGAAGAACAUCCACAUCUCGGGCGAGCGCACGGCCGCCCAGGAGGCCCGCGCGGAGGUCGAGCGGCUCGCGGCCGAUCUGCAACGCCAGCUGACCCUGCGUCAGCUCGCCAUCAACCGUGGCCAGCACCAGUUCAUCCUGGGCGACAACGCGGAUGCGCUGCACGAAUUCCUGGCGGACACCGGCUGUUCCAUCGUGCUCCCCCCGGCCUCCGACGAGAGUGAAUUCCUCACCAUCACCGGCCCCGUGAAUCGCAUCGAGGACGGCAUCAACCGCGCCAUGGACCUGGCGACCAGCAUGCAGAUGGCGAGCAUCGACCUGUCGCGGCAGCACCCCAACGCCCCCAGUGGGCCCCACGCCCACGCGCGUGCGCUCACCCGCUAUCUCACCCAGCGCCAGAUCAUCAAGGAGCUGGAGAAGAUGUACGACUCCCGCAUUGCCCUGCCGCCGAGCGUGGAUGGCCCGGUCACGUGGGAGGUGUACUCGCGGGACGGCAAGAAUACCAUCCGCGCCCGCUCCGACAUCAUGAAUCUCGUCCAGGCCCACCCGCCCUCCCGCCUCCGUCACCUGUCCGUCGAUCCCUACUUCCACCCGUUCCUGCGCUCGCGGAGCAUCUCGAAGCUGCGGUCCGACUACGGGGUCCACCUCCUGACCCCCGACGAUGUGGAGAGCUCCGACGUCGUGCUGGUCUACGAAGGCCCCUCGGCCAACGCCUCCGGGUUGGAGGUGCCGCGGCAGCGACCCUCGCCGGCCGAGCUCGCCGCCUUCGAGGAUGCACUCCGGCAGGCCAAUGACUAUCUCCAGAGCACCCUGGGCGACCAGAGCGACGUGGUGGCCCGGACCGUCGCCAUCCCCGGCAAGUACCAGGAGAAGGCGCGCAAAUUCAUUCUCCGGGAGCAGCAGGCCAAGGGCGAGGACCAGAUCCCCGUCCGUGCGCUCGUGGGUGAGGUGCAGGGCCGUAACGGCGUCUGCGAGGUCGCGCUGCGCGGUCCCUCCGGCCUGGUCAAUGAUCUGGUGUCGAAGCUGGAGGCCUUCGUCGUGGAGCAGGAACGCGAUGACCUGGAGCGUGGGUACACGACGACCUUUGACUUCCCGCAAAAGUACGCCAACUUCCUCAUCGGCCGUCGCGGCGAGAACAUCAACAAGCUGCGCGACGAGUUCGACGUGGACAUCAAGGUCGAAAACGGCAAGGUCGAAGUCAAGGGCCCCAAGGCCAAGGCCGACGCCGCCCGCAUGCGCAUCAUUAACAUGGGCAAGAAGCUCGAAGACGAGACCACCCACGUCCUGAAGGUGCCGGCGCAGUAUCACCGCGAGCUGAUCGGCCAGAAGGGCAGCCAGGUCAACCGGCUGCAGGACCGCUAUGCGGUCCGCGUACAGUUCCCGCGGGCUACCGGUGCCACCGACGACGUGGCCGAGAACUCCAGCGACGCCGGCGCCGCUCGCCCGGGUCGGUCGCAGGGUGUGGACGAGGUGGUGGUCAAGGGCCCUAGCAAGGGUGCGGAUUCCGCCCGGGAUGAGAUCCUCAGUCUCCUGCAGUGGGUCAUCGAGCAUUCAUUCUCCGCGACCGUAUCGGUGGCGCAGUCUCAGGUCCCCUCCUUGAUCGGUCAGCGGGGUCGCGAGAUGGACAAGCUCCGCGCGGACACGGGCGCGCAGAUCGACGUCCCGGGCGUUAAUGAUGACGCGACGGACGCCUCGGGCCGUGUGCAGAUCAAAAUCAGGGGUACCAAACCCCAGGUCGCUGAGGCGAAAAAGAUCCUGGAGCAACGGUCCCGAGAGUUUGAUGCUAUUGUUACUAAGACGCUUGAUGUGGAUAAGAAGUUCCACAAGUCUCUGAUCGGUGGUGGUGGUGCCAACAUCCGCAAGAUCAUCGCCGAUGCCGGCGGUCCCACCGAUGGCAGUGCCUCGCGCAUGGUCAAAUUCCCCCGUCCUGAGAGCAGCGAGUCGACGAUCAAGCUGGAAGGAAACGGCCAGAUCGUGGAUAAGAUCGUCGCCGCCGUGGAAGAGUUCGUCAAGGAGCGCCAGGAUCAGGUGACGGAGACCGUCGAUGUGCCUCAGCUGCAACACCGCCUGCUCAUCGGCCGUGGCGGCGAGACACGUCGCGGCAUCGAGUCCCAGUUCAACGUCACCCUGGACAUUCCCAAGAUCGGCUCCGGCCGUCCCGACAUCAAGCUCAAGGGACCCAGCAAGGGCGUGGCCGAAGCCAAGGAGCACAUCCUCUCCCUGCUGAAGGACCAGCAGGGCGAGCAGGUGGACGUUCCGCGUCACCUGCACCACGCGGUCUCCGACAACGGGGCCUUCUUCCGCCGCCUCCGCAACGACUACCAAGUCACAGUGGACCACGCCGGACAGCCCAUCCCCGCGAAGCCCGAAUCCGAGGAUUCGCGCGGCGCCGCCAACGGAUCGUCAUCUCUGCCCCUAAUCACCGACGACCCCAACGCCAGCGCAGACGCCCACUCCUGGAAGGUCGUCGACCACAGCGCCCCCGCAGGCGAGUCCGGCACCAUCCCGUGGGUGCUGGCCGGCAGCGGCGACAACGUCACCAAGGCCAAGGCAGCUCUGCAAAAGGCCCUGGCAGCCGCCUCGCAGCAGUCCGCAACGGGGUACCUCAUCCUGCCGGACCCCCGGACCUACCGCUUCGUGGUCGGCCAAGGCGGCAGCCAGAUCAACGCUAUCCGCAAGCAGACAGGCUGCCGGAUCAACGUGCCCAAGAACCAGGCCGGCGGCGAGGCCAUCGAGGUGAAGGGCAGCAAGGACGGUCUCGAGGAAGCGAAGGAUAUGAUUCUGGAGGCGGUUCGUGCGGGCCAGGAGGGAUCUCGCUAAUUUCAUCUACUCCAUUCUUGUCUUGAAUAUUUAAAAAAUUUCUUUCCUUUUUUUUUACUAUUGUUUAUUUUUCUUGCAUAAUUUGAGCCGUUGAGCCGUUGAGCUUUUGAGCUUUUGAGCCUAUUGGCGAUGAGCCUAUCUAUCUACCUAUCUAUAUGAAGACGAAAAUGAAAACAGACAAACGACAACGAGAAUAUCCCAAUUUUGACUUUUCUUUCUCACUCUUCUUUGAUAUACUGUUUUAAAAAUAUUUUGUGUUUGAAAUGAGUGUGUUAUGUACAUGAGUGAUUC